UUGGACGAAGAGGACUGCCUCUUUUUUUAAGCAGAAGAAUUAUUGAUUUCGUUGACAAUUUGUUGCUGUUAUUUAUUUAUCCUUUUUCCGCUGCUUCUUGUAUCCUGAAAGAAGAUCUGUGGACACUUGAUUUUUUUAUGAUAUUUUCUUACAAUUAUCAAUUGUUUCGAAAGGGAAACUAAAAUAACGGUGAAAAUUUAUAUAAUCAUGUGGAUCGUUCUACCUAUGCUCAAAUUUAUCAUAUUCAAACUUAUUGGUAUUAUGAGAAGCAUUAUAAAGUUAUUUAUUCCGUUGAAAUAUCAAAUGAAGGACAUUUCUGGCGAGAUUGCUCUCGUCACAGGUGCUGCUGGAGGUCUUGGAAGAGCGAUAGCAAUCGGUUUAGCUAAUCAUGGUGUUAUCGUUGUCAUUUGGGACAUCAAUCAGAACGGUAUCGAAGAAACGAUGGAAUUGAUAAAAGCGGCCGGUGGUACUUGUUACGGAUACGUUUGCGAUGUUCGUAAUCGUGAUGAUAUUUACAAAACGGCUGAAAUAGUUAGAGAAGAAGUUGGUCAGGUAACUAUUUUGAUUAAUAAUGCAGGUGUGGUAAAUAUUGGAAUUUUCUGGAAGACUUCGGAUGAUCUUUUUAGUCGUCUAAUGGAAGUAAAUAUUAUGAGUCUAUUUUGGACAGUCAAAGCAUUCCUUCCGGCAAUGAUAGAAAGCAACAAAGGGCAUAUUGUGAACAUAGCGAGUAUAGCAGGUCUCAUUGGAUUUCCGGUAAUCGUAGAUUAUUCUGCGUCUAAGUAUGCAGUUGUUGGUUUCAGUGAAGCAUUACAAAUGGAAUUAGACUUUCAUGGACAUGACGUUAGCAUUACAUCAGUAUGUCCGACUUUCAUUCACAAUACGGGCAUGCCUGCAGCUAAAUUCUCUGGGCGUGCUCCAAUUGUUAGUCCGCAAGAUGUUGCUGAAAGUACUGUUACUUCCAUCCGGUGUAACAAGAAGUUUAUUUUGGUGCCAAAUUACAUGUAUUUUAUACUAUUUUUGAAAUGGAUAAUGCCACGUCAUAUCUACUAUGAAAUAUUGAAGUUUUUAAUGCAAAUUGAACCAACUGAAUAUUAUCCAAUAGAAAGUCAAGAAAAAUGUAAAACACAUCUUUCAAACGCAAGUAAUGUUGCUAUUACAUCAUAA